UCUCCCCCCCCUCGCCGCCGCCUCUUCUUCCUCCUUCUCCAGGGUGUGUGGUGUGGGGGUGGUUGCAAAAGAGAAGACAACCUUCCCCCCAUUCCCAGAUCCCUUCCUUCCCCAGUCCUUUUCCUGCCCGCCCGCCCUCCUUGCCUGCAGAAGAGCAGGGAGCAGGCGGGCAGGGAAAGGAGAGCUGGGGCUGGAAGGAAGGUGGGGGAAAAGGGAGCGCGAGAGAGAAAGAAAGAAAAGCCGCGCCGAGAAGACGACCACGGCGGCGGCGGCGGCGAUAGCAGUAGCGAAGGAAGAGGACUCGACGUCGCUCUCUCGCCUUGUUUGCAAACUGCGCCCUUUUUUAUUUUUAUUUUUUUGCACCGGGCCGGAUCCGCCCGGACUCUGCUCUCGGCUCCAUCACGUGGUCCGGGAUAUAUAUCCUUUAAGUGUCCUUUGAUGUCAAAUCUGUUGCAUGUCACAAUUUUAUUUGUUACUUAGAAAUAAUUUGAGAGAGAAUAUUGACUUGUUUGAUGCUUAUAUUCUGAUCAUUAAAUCAGGAACAGUUUGGGUCCCUUUCUCUCAGGCAGUUGCGUCAUGUCAUGUCAUGUGAUGCUUGCUCUGUGUCUGAUACAUAAUUCUAAAAAUAAAACGUAGGUAAAAAGCACUCCCUCAGAAGUUAAAAUGUAUUGUGAAAGUGAGGGAGAGUAUUUCUUGUUGCGACAGCUUUUCUGAAAUUCUAGAAGCAAUAGCCAGCCAGUUGAUCCUUGUGCAGAUACACAUUCAGCUUCCUGUGUGUAAGGCUGCCCUCUGGCGAGGCAGUAGAAGACAGCAGAGCUGGCCUCUGCAACGGGAGAGGCUGGACUUCCCAUCUCUCUGUGCUGAAUGGCUACUAUGGCGCCCGCUCUCACUGACGCAGCAGCUGAAGCUCACCACAUCCGGUUCAAACUGGCUCCCCCAUCCUCCGCCCUGUCUCCUGGCAGUGCCGAAAACAACGGCAACGCCAACAACAUUCUUGUCACCACCAACGGCACCAAAAGGAAAGCUGAGGAUUCCAGCCUAGAUUUCCGAAAUAACCCUACAAAGGAAGAGUUGGGAAAGCUGCAGCCCCUGGUGGCAUCUUACCUCUGUUCGGAUGUGACUUCUGUUCCUCCAAAAGAGUCUUUGAAACUACAAGGGGUCUUCAACAAGCAGACAGUCCUUAAAUCUCACUCUCUGUUAUCUCACCCCUUCUUGAAAAAUAGUGACCUUUUGGGAAGGCAGCCAGUGUUGGAGUUUUCCUUGGAAAACCUAAAAACCAUGAGUACUAGUAGCCAGACCCCUCUGCCACAAGCACCUGUCAAUGGCUUGGCUAAAAAAUUGGCUAAGAGUAACAGCUCUGACCAUGAAAAUGCAACUUCUCUUAAUGGUGGGAAACGUGCUCCUCCUUCUGCCACCCUCCAGGAUAUUGAUUCUCAUAUCCCUGGGGGUUCUGAUUUGGGAGAUAUGAAAUCAGGAUUGACCAAUUGCACUCUUCCACACAGAAGCCUUGAUGCAGAGCAUGCAGUUCCACGUAGCAAUAAUGGCACUGCAACUAAGCCUACCCACAGUUCCCAGGAGCAACAGCAUGGGCUUGAAGCAGGUGGAGAGAACAAGUUGUUGUCAUUCUCUGCUGUGCCUUCUUGUUCUGAUGGGAGCAGCAAACCAGAAGAACAGAAGAUCUCUUUGCUACAGAAUUCUUUUAGCACUCUAGAGUCAGAUAUAAGGACAAGGGUGCUGUUGCGGCGGCAGGCUGACAUUGAGAAUCGUGCUCGCAGACUGCAAAAGCGCCUGCAAGUGGUGCAAGCCAAGCAAGUAGAGCGCCACAUCCAGCAGCAGCUUGGUGGCUUUUUGGAGAAAACACUAAGCAAGUUGCCAGCAUUGGAUUCCUUGCGACAUCGAAGUCAGCUGAUGCUGACGCGCAAGGCAGAAGCAGCUUUGAGAAAAGCUGCCAAUGAGACAAGUUCUUCAGAAGGACUGAGCAGCUUCUUAAGAAGAGACUCCAUCUCGGAAGAACUGGAGCGGUUUACCGCCAGUGGAAUGGCUAACCUGAGAUCUUGUGAGCAAGCAUUUGACUCAGAUGUUACGGAUAGCAGUUCAGGUGGGGAGUCUGAUAUCGAGGAGGAGGAACUGACCAAAGCAGACACUGAACAGCACCAUGUACCGCUGAGGCGACGGUCAGAAUGGCAGUGGGCAGCAGACAGAGCAGCCAUUGUCAGUCGCUGGAACUGGCUUCAAGCGCAUGUCUCUGAUCUAGAGUACCGAAUCCGGCAGCAAACAGAUAUUUACAAGCAGAUUCGAGCCAACAAGGGUUUGAUUCUCCUUGGAGAGGCGCCUCCCUCUGACCCUGUAUUAGGUGAUUCAUCCCACACUCUGAAUCCUGACAUCAAGCUGGAGCCAGGGAUUGACAGGCUGGGUACUUGUAUCACCCAGCCGUCAGAGAAUCUUGGUGCAUCUUUUGGCAAUACCCAAGAGUCCCUUCCUGCCAAAACCUGUGGAGUGCCGAGACCGGUCAAUGGAGUUAUUAACACUCUACAGCCAGGCUUGACAGAGCAUGUUCAGGGAGAUGGCUCAGAUGCUGAGGAGCUGUUGCGUAAAAAGCAGAGACUAAACGCUGUGUCUUCAGCUCCUGAUGGAACCUGUGUAGCGGCCCGCACACGCCCUGUCCUCAGCUGCAAGAAGCGACGGCUUGUUCGGCCCAGCAGCCUAGUACCACUCUCCAAAAAGGUUCAUCGCAAUAGCAUGGGUCGGUGCAACUGUGACGUGAAUCCCAUGUGCGUACUCUGUGGCACGCGGAGCUCAGUGCCUCCAGAAAUCCAGUAUGAAGCCCCUUUGAUGGAACGUCUUUCACAGUUGGACUCCUGCAUCCACCCUGUCCUCUCAUUCCCAGAUGAUGUACCAAUGAGCUUGCAUUUCCAGAGCAUGUUGAAAUCUCAGCUACAGAACAAGCCCUGUGAGAAAAUCAAACCUCCCAAAAAGCUCACUUUGAAACACCGGCCCGCCAUGCCUCCCAGCAAUCUGUCUGACUCUGCGCGCAAGGACCGUCACAAGCUGGUUAAUACGUUCUUAGCUGCAGCCACUUGCUUGCAUCACAAAAUCGAGCCAGACAAGGCACACAGGCAGUCCUUAGACGAUCUAAGGGCUGCUCCCAAGGCCGAUAGGGCGCCUGAGCGCUCACUUAUCCUGACUCCAGUUCAUGAGAGAAAGCGAUUGCGGGACAGCUCCUCCGAGAGAAGUGAAGUGUUGAAGCACCACGCAGAUAUCGGAGGCCCAAGCUACCUGUCGAGCGCUAUGGCCUCCACGGCUCACGGUCCCCUUGUGCGGCAGCUCUCCACCUCCUCAGAAAACUCCAUCCCCGCUGCCAGCACAAGUUCAUUGGGCACCUCCAGUGCAUCUCAGCAGCCAAGGAGGAGGAGAGGGGAAAGCUCUUUCGACAUCAACAACAUUGUCAUCCCUAUGUCUGUUGCUGCAACAACCCGCGUAGAAAAACUGCAGUACAAGGAAAUCCUCACACCGAGCUGGCGCGUUGUGGAUAUCGGUGCUCUGACAGUGAACCCGGACGAAGACAACGAAGAGAUAGAGGAUCUCUCGGACGCAGCCUUCGCCACUCUCCAUGCCAAGUGCGAAGAGAUGGAGCGGGCACGGUGGCUGUGGAGCACAAGCAUGCCACCGCAGCGGCGAGGCAGCAGGUCUUACAGAUCAACAGAUGGACGGACAACCCCACAGUUAGGGAACCCAUCUACCCCACAACCAGCAUCACCUGAUGUCGGGAACUGCUACUCACAUUCUGACUUCUCCCAUACCCACUCUCCGCGCAGCCCCAUCAGCCCAGACCUGUUCUCUGGCCCCCACACCCCUCUGUCCCGGGAUUCCAUGCGGCACCUGUCCACCGAGGACACACGUUGUUCCACACCAGAAUCUGGCCUUGAUGAACAGACUGUACAGCCUUGGGAACGACGCAGCUUCCCACUGUCCUACAACCCCAAGACAGAGUGCGAGGACCAGUCAGAUCCACAGGACCGGUCAUCACGAUGCACACGGCGCACAUCUGGCAGCAAGUCCUCCCGAGAAACAGAUGGAGCACCCAUAUCACCCACCCUUGCUUGCCUCAAGAGCCGGCAUCCAGGGGCAGUGGCCACAGUUCAGCGGCCGGCCCACAGAUAAAGAGAUGGACAGGAAGACGCGAGCAAAAAGCAAUCCACCAAACUAACUCUUGGCAUUAAAGCUUCUGAAAUCUGCGUUUGAUAUUCAAACAUCCUGCCGGGAAUUUUCACAGUUUUUAGUGAAUUUAAGGAGUUUAGAAACUGUUUUAUUUUUUUUCCUUUCUUUCCAUGUUUCCUUGUCACACACACCUUACCUAGUGCUGUGUGGUCUGAUGAGGAGAGCAAACUUUUCUCCCUUUCCCAUACUUUAGGUGUACACUCCUCAACCAAGAGGGUGAAGCUGGCUAACUGACCCUGGAAUUAGUUCUCUGGUGAAAGGGUACUUCUAUUUUCUUUUCUUUCUUUUCCUUUCCUAUUCAGUGUAUGUUCUCCUCACCUACCACCAUCACUGUGCUCCCCUCCCUAAAAUUCUAGUGGAGUGAAAUUAGUGGUGAAAAGUGAUGUCUUCUGAAUACAACUUCCCUCACUAUCAGUUCUGCUCAUGGGCUGCACUGGCACACGAAAGCACUUGCAAUGCAAAACCCUCCAUUUCUUAGUUCCCUAAGGGAUGGCUUCCCACUUCUGAGCUCCAAAGGGUAUUUCUUCCCCUCCCUCCCUCAUCUCACCUUGUGCUAAUUCCUUUUUUUUGUCUGUGUCAGCUUUUGAGUUGAUCUCCAUGAUGAGGAAGUACAUUUGGCUGUACUAGAAAAGGCAGUUUCCUAUUAUCAACCUGAAUAAGACUAUUGGAGCAGUUUUAUUCAGAACAUAAAAGUUUGUUGCUUAGGAUUCCUUUCCUUUCCUACUAGCAAGGUAAGAAUGGAGGGAAGGCUGUCUGCCUAGCUUUUCAAAAGGAGCUGUUUUCCAUGAGAGAAUAUUUAGACUUCCUUUUCUAGACGUGAUUUGUAAGUCUCUUCCUUUACCUGCUGUUAAUAAUUAACACUUCUGCGUUCCUUUUUAAUUUUGCACUCUGCCUGUUAGUUUGAAAGUUGCAGUCAUAUAUUUUUUAUAUAUCUCUGCUACUGCUAGAUUGCAAUACAGUAGUGUUGAGCCUUAUGUACUGGGAGAAAUGUCACAGGAUACAACAGCUUGCCACCACAGAUCCACAAGCCAUAUUUUAAUGAGGAUGGUAUGUCACUGUUCUUGUUUCUUUUCUUCCACCCUCUGUAAAAUGUAGUCUUGUGCAUUGCUUUGAGACUGCAUCUUGAAGUAUGUUUGAGUACCUAAAUGUUUGGAUUUUUCCAGAUAAAAAUAGGACUUUGUUUUUCACCACUGUUUUAACUCCACUUACACAGAAAACAUAAUUGAAAGCAAACUUCUCAGUCAGGUUUCUUUCCUGCUUCUGAGACCUCCUUGGGCUGAUUCAUCGCCAAGCUCCACAGGUUUGAAUUUAUUUUAAUUUAAAGAGGCCGCUGCCAUCACCUCCAUGCUCCAUGACUCCCAGAUUCUGCACACCGAUCAUCUGUAAUGUUUCUCAGACCCUAGCGGUGUGGCUGUUGGUCCCUGUCCUGUUGUUAGCAUUGCGCCUGUCUUCUGUAUUAAUCACAUCACCAAAAAGGAAAAAAAAGACUUUUUUUCUCAUUUUGUAAUUGUAACGAAAUAGUAGCUAAACUGCUUAAUGGUUGGGGUUUUUUCACAAUUUUCAACAUUACCUAAUGUUUUUGGUUCUAGUUUUAAUUUCUUUUAAAAAGAGGAAAAACCCAAUGCUACCAUAUCCCUCUGCAUUAAGUGCUUUUCUAUUUAUAAGGUUGAAAAUUCUGAAUAACCUCUUAGCGUUAUAAAGGAAAAAUCUACAAAAAAAACCCACCUCGUAUUUUGUAAAUAUUUCUUUUCCUGCUUCAAGCUGUGUAAUGUCCUUGUUAUAUAGAAAUGCUUUUCUUCAGAGAAGCUGAUCUUUGUUUAAUGUCUUGAUUCUGUUGGCCAAAGCACAAAUCUGUGCUUAUAAAAAAAUUAAAAAAAAUAAAAAGUUAAUAAAACUGU